CAGUCAGUCAACUCAUGUCAGUACUGCACACCGGACUACUGCGGGGACCGUCCACUUCACAUUACAGGAUUUUAACUAACUAAAGAAAGAGUGAAAACAACAUUAAGUAAUAAGAGCGAAGGUGCUUAUGGUGUUAUGUUUGUAGUGCACAUCUUUACCGGUGUGUUUUGGUGAGUCGUGUCGCUUCCGCUUUUUUCCGUCCAGCAGUUUGACGCCAAAAUUCAGCAGGAGUCAAUAGGGAUUUUUGAUACUCCGUAAACUAUUUCACUGGACACUGAAAAGGAAAAAAGGAAUAUCAAUUAUUUAUUGUUCACGUGAGUGAGUCUUACUCAUCCUAAGGCUGAUGUCCUCCAAGAGCAGCGUCUGAAACAUGGAUGACCCUUUAAAGGUUGACUGAUUCCAGCUGACACCUUCAUAACUAUGCUGCGAGUCUCGCAAGGCCCGAUGGCCACACUAGCCACCAACAACCCGCCUAAUUCCCCAACCCAAUUCAGGGAAUGAUCAAACCAUCCUGUCUAGGACAUACACAUCAAGAGACCUCUUACAUACAGUCAAAUUACUUGAAAUUACAACUCAAAACUUCUGCAGGACGGCAGAUACCCCAAAUCCAAUGGCAUGGGCCAAGUUCUUCAGGAGACCAGGAGGCAAUCUUUCCAGGUCUUACCAGCCAGGAUCUAUGCUAUCCUUGGCCCCUACCAAGGGACUACUAAAUGAGCCGGGACAGAACAGCUGCUUCCUCAACAGUGCAGUGCAGGUUCUUUGGCAUCUCGAUAUCUUCAGACGGAGUCUUCGUCAGCUUCCAAACCACUACUGCUUGGGCGACUCCUGCAUCUUUUGCGCUUUGAAGGGAAUAUUCUGUCAGUUCCAGCACAGCCGAGAGCGAGCGUUACCCUCAGAUAACCUGCGUAAUGCCCUAGCCGAAACCUUUAAGGAUGAGCAGCGCUUUCAGUUAGGCUUCAUGGAUGAUGCUGCUGAGUGCUUCGAGAACAUUCUGGAAAGGAUUCACCUGCACAUCGCUCCCGAUGCAGAGACUGACGCCUGCACAUCUAAGUCCUGUAUCACUCACCAGAAGUUUGCUAUGGCACUUUAUGAACAGUCAGUGUGUAGGAGCUGUGGCGCGUCGUCCGACCCGCUACCCUUCACUGAGCUUGUGCACUAUGUGUCCACCACAGCCCUCUGCCAGCAAUUCUUGGAGAGGAGAGAUGAAAGGUUUGGGGAGUUGCUUCAAGCCGCCAGCACAGCUGGAGAUCUGCGUAACUGUCCGAGUAACUGUGGGCAGAGAAUCAAGAUGCGGCGCGUGCUGAUGAACUCUCCAGAAAUCGUGACCAUCGGAUUUGUGUGGGACUCAGAUCAGUCAGACCUCACCGAAGACGUCAUCCGAUCUCUCGGACCACACCUCAACCUCUCAGGGCUCUUUUAUCGCGUCACAGACGAGCGUGCAAAGAAGAGCGAGCUGCUAUUGGUGGGAAUGAUCUGUUACUCCAGCAGACAUUACUGUGCCUUCGCCUACCACACCAAAUCAUCUAAAUGGGUUUUCUUUGAUGACGCCAAUGUCAAAGAGGUGGGAUCCAGAUGGAAGGAUGUGGUCACUAAAUGCAUCAAAGGUCACUUUCAGCCCUUGCUCUUGUUUUACUCUAACCCUGAUGGCAGUGCUGUGGUAACAGACGAGGCCCAGCGGACCAACAGCAGUGCUACCCAAAAUAAGAGCUCAGUCAAUGGAGAAGCACCAGGUACUCCUAUACUGGGUGGAAAGAAGUUGGAGUUGACGCGAGAGAACUUGACUGCUUUCUUCUCAAAUCAUGGUACUCCGAAGCAGAAGUCUCAGCCUCCCUCUGUGUUCAGUCGUGGCAGUAACCAGACCAGCGGCGGCAGAGGGCCAGUCAAGAUGAACGUUGAUCCGAUUCAGAUUCGAUUCAGAGAGAUUUUGCGGGAGCUGCCAAAAGAAGGCCGUCCCAUCAACCUUAUUAAGAAGGACUCGGAUCGGUCACAGACAACAGAAAAACUGAGGCACCGGGACUCCCCUGACAAGCCUCAUUCCCGCUCGCUGUCACCUCCGGAGAACGGCUUCAAGCAUCUGGAGUCACGGCUCUACAGCAGCCAGGGCAGGGGUCCGACGAAAGCCGAGCUCUGGCCUGUUACUAACACUCAGUACAGCCACGAGCCCCGCUGUCAGUCCCAGCCUCGCGUCCCGCUUCGUCCCCCUGGAGAGAGCCGCUCUCGGAGGCUGGAUGUGGCCAACGGCUACGAUACGGACAGCAGUCAGGACUCCCGGACGUACGGAAACCCUCGCAACCGGCCGAAUCGAGCGUGGAGGCCGAUGCGAGAGGCGCUUAACGUCGACAGCAUAAUAAACAGCGAUAAUAAUCAAAACUCCCACAACUCUCGCAGACAGACCUUUAAUCAGGACAGCGAAGAGUCGGCGUGGGUCCGACGAGAAGAACGCAAACCCAAGAGCUUAAUGACGAUUUACGAGGACGAGCAGCGGCAGGACAUGGGCAGCAGGAGCUCGCUGGAAUCAGAGGACAGGGUUAAAUCAAGCGUCAGUAACCUCACCAUUCGGACUGAUAACUGGAAAAUCCAGCGCACUGAAUCUGGAUACGAGAGCAGUGAUCGUCUCAGCAGCAGACACAUCCCUAUUAAGUGUCAUUUUGUAAGGCUGAGAAAUUAA